AUGCAUUUGACGGAAUUCGUUAACAACUCGUUUCACACGAACAAAAUGGAAAUUCAAACCUCAAUGCUUCACCAUAAUCCGUACGAGAUCGUCAAAAGCGAACAACCCUCAACCCCUCCGAAGCAGAUCAUCAAAAGUCCAUACCUGAAUAGCUCACCGGAGAUGGGAUUUGGAAACUUUCAAAUCCAUCCCAAUUUCUGUGUGCCAGCAAAUAACAACACGGAUCCACUGAAUAACAACAACCAUUCGAAAAUCAACCCUAAUGGUAGGGUUCUGGCCGCCGACCGUAAACGACCCUACCCAUGCAAUCUGUGCCCAUCAAAGUUUGGCUCGAAAAUGGAGCUGGAAGAACAUCAAAAUUCUCACACAGGAAUGAAGCCGUUUGAAUGUGAUGUGUGUAAAGCACGAUUCAAUAGAAGGUCGACGCUGUGGAAUCAUAAGCGAAUCCAUUCCGAUGCUAAGCCAUUUGUAUGCACCGUUUGUCAGAUGACGUUCAAGUGGAAAAAUAGUUUGAAGUGCCAUAAAGACAUGCAUCAAAGGAAGAACGAAACGUCCGCGCACUUAGACAACGACUUGCGACAAUUAACCUACGCAACAGCCGCGAAGCGGAAAUUGCUGAUGGAGCAAGAAGAAAACGGAGGGGCUCCGGCAACAUCGACAUCGACAUCAAUACAUUCAAAUCCACUAAUCACAACGACAGCAGCGUCGAAGAAAAAGAAUCAGAAGCCAAAGAUGAAAUCUUCGCAAAUUACGCCUGGCGCAAAUCUUGGUGUUCAUCUUGCUUCACAGCCUCUUCAAGCGAGCGCUUUGAUUCCUCCUUCCGAUCAUCAACUUGAUCUCGAUACUUCUUCACUAGAUACUUUAAUGCAUAGUCAGAGCCAAAAUAUUCUAAUGCAGCUGUAUGGAGAAGUCGACGGGCCAUUGAAUACUCGCCAUUCAGGCAAUAUGCUUUCCGGGCUUGAUGAUAAUGGGAUGUUGUCGAGUCUCGCAGACGUUAAGAACGAGAAUGCAGCAGUUCCGCUCAACAUGCAGCUCCCCAUGCAAAUCAAUAUGCUCAAUUUCCGGCAGAUCAAUUCCCAACAGCUGCCGUCCGUUCAUCAUCUUACAUCGACUUCACUCCCAUCGGUUUCAUCCAGCAUGGAUUAUGGAAUUCAGCACGAUUCGCAACAAAAUCUUGGUCACAGCCAAUAUAUUGUGACGAGUCAGCCGGAUAUGAUGUUAUCCCAAGGAUAUCAGCCACCGAUUGACAAUUGUGUUCUUUUAACCACUGGCCAGGAUUACGUGUCAAACUUUGACUAUUCAAUGCUGAACUCCCAAUAUCAGAUGAACAUUUCCGAGCAGCAGCAACAACAACAACAACAACAGCAACAGCAGCAACAACAACAAAACGCGCAGCAACCACAGCAACAGCAAUCACAGCAACACCGCGCAGCCGCGCAUCGCGAAGGAAAAAGCACGUUUGCAUACUAUGCGAUGAAACUCAAAUAUCUGACAACCGUCGUUCCUCAGCAGGAAGGUGAAUCGAAAAUCGCAGCAAUUGCAUGCUCUCCAAAUGGUCUUCGUGUUGCUAUAGCUUGUGCUGAUCGUUCAGUGGCUUUAAUUGAUGAAAAUAAUGAGCCCAAAGACAGGUUUCCAUGCAAACCGUUGGAUUCGAAAUAUGGCAAAAAAUCAUUCAGUAUUCUGUCGAUGGCUUUUUCUCCUGAUUCAUCAUGCAUUGCAAUCGGCCAAAGCGACAACGUCGUAUUUAUUUAUCGAGUCGGUACAACAUGGAACGAGAAGAAGGUAAUUGUUAACAAAUUUGUGCAACCCUCCGCGGUGACUUGUUUGAACUGGCCGUUUGAUGACAAAAUUCUCAUCGGUCUUCUUGAUGGAAAGGUGCGAAUUGGUUUGAUAAAGACUAAUAAAUGCAGCUCUCUGUAUAAAACUGAUCAGUCCGUUGUCAGCAUGCAAACCCAUCCUAAGAGAAUUUCAUUUGUUUCCGGCCACCAGGAUGGGUCCAUUAUUUUAUACAAUUUCAGUAGCAGAUCACAAUCAAAAAUAUGUACUCUUCAAGUGCCGCCUUACAAUAUGGCAUAUACAAAUCAUGGACUAAUGAUUGCUGGAGCAGACCGAAGAAUUCUGUCUUACACUGAAAAUGGAAUUGUACAGCAGCAAUUCGAUUACAGUGAUCAGAAUGAGAAAGAGUUUGGUUGUAUUAUUUGCGAUCCUACCGCACAAAACGUGGUUGUAGCCAGUUAUGAUCGGCUUCGCUUAUUUUCUUGGUCUUCGCGAAGAGGCGCUUGGGACGAAGGAGCUCCGUUGGAAAUCGAGAACGCGUACAUCAUAACAGCGCUUGGUUGGAAAAUGGACGGUUCCACAGUAUAUGCCGGCACUAUUUGUGGAACCGUAUUCGCCGUUGAUUGUUGUCUUCGACGCGGAAUGCUGAAAAGCAAAUUCGAAACAACUUAUGUCGCCCCGUCACACGUGAUUGUUCGUGAUGUCACGAAUGAUUCACGAACCAAUCUUAUUUCAAACAAAGGAUUGUCAAUUGAUGAGCUUAAAAUAAUGGGAAAAGACCGAUAUGUUUUGGGCUAUACGUCGUCAACAUUGAUUCUGGCCGACAUUGAAACACAACGAUUUUCAGAAAUUGAAUGGCAAUCGGGCGGCCAUGAAAAGUUCUAUUUUGAAUUCGCCAACACUUGUCUCAUAAUAAAUGCAGGAGAAAUAACAGUCGUUGAAUAUGGAAUUGAUGGCCCUUUAGGAUGGGUUCGAACUGAAUUAACAAGUCCUCAUCUCUUGAGUGUCCGCGUCAGCGAUGAAAACGUUGAAGAUCACAAGAAAGUGAAAAAAUUUGCCUACUUGAUCGAUCCAACAACUAUCGCGAUUGUAAAUCUGUUCAAUUCCCAGCAAGAGUGCAUAAUCAAUCAUACGGGGACAAUUGACUGGAUUGAGCUAAAUGAGAAUGCCACAAAGCUACUAUACCGUGAUAAACGGUCGAAAGUGACUCUGGUCGAUAUUAAAACAGACAUCAAAUCUGUGCUGUUGUCGUUUUGCACAUAUGUACAAUGGGUACCGAUGAGUGAUGUAAUCGUUGCGCAGAGCGGUGACAAUCUCGCUGUCUGGUACAAUCCUGACUUGCCCGAGCAGGUCACCAAUAUUAAAAUCAAGGGAGAAGUCGAGACUGUUCUAAGAGAUGCCAAUCGAACGGAAGUUAUUGUUCAAGAGCCAACGGCCAAAGUUGCUUAUGAAUUGGACAGCACUCAAAUUGAGUUUGGAGCUGCUUUGGAGAAGCGCGACUUCGAACGAGCUGUAAUGUUUCUUGAAAACAAUCCGAUGAAUAUGGAUUCAUACUCAAUGUGGACACGCGUUGCUGAGAUGGCAUUAGAGCAUCAAAAUUUGUUUACUGCUCAAAGAUGUUUUGCUGCGAUCAACGAUAUGGGGAGGUCAAAAAUGCUCUUCAACAUAAUGGAAGAAGCUAAUCUAGCUUCUGAAAAAAUUGGUGGAGACGGAUUGCAUUUUUAUAAAGUCAGAGGGUUAUUGGCAAUUAUGCGAAGAAAUUUCAAAGAAGCAGAGCGAGUUUUUCUCGAGCAGAACGAUUUGGAUUCGGCGAUUGAAAUGUACACAACGCUUCACAGAUGGGAAGAGGCGUUAGAACUUGCAAAAGUCAUGAAUUACCCCGGAUACGAUAUGCUCCGAACCAGUUACUUACGUGCCUUGAGCGAUACUGGACAAGACGCAAAAGCAGCAGAGUUGAAAUCAUCGGAAGGUGAUCCAUAUGCUGCCAUUCAACUUUAUCUCAAAGCGAACAAACCACUUCUUGCUCUCAACGUGGCUAAUAAUAAUGAGAAUCUUGCCAAAGACGAUGCGUUAUUGAGUCAAAUUGCUGAUGCUUUAUUGCGCGUGCAAAUAUAUGACAAGGCAGGAACGAUAUUUGAAAAACAACGGGAUUUCGAAAAAGCACUAGAAUGUUAUAGGAAGGGUCAUUCUUAUGCAGCUGCAAUUCAAUUAUCAAGAUUUGCUUAUCCCGAAAAAGUUGUGGAGCUUGAAGAUGAAUGGGGAGACUAUUUAACGUCGAUUGGGUCCCACGAAGCUGCAAUCAAUCACUUCCUAGAAGCAAAUCAAUCGCAUAAAGCCGUUGAAGCCGCAAUCCGAGCAAAGGAAUGGAACAAAGCUGUGCAGAUUGUUGACAUUAUUCAAGAUCGAAAUCUGAGCAAGCAGUAUUAUGGACGAAUCGCAAAUCACUAUUCAAGUGUAGGGGAAUACGACAGAGCUGAGCGACUGUUUAUUGAAGCGGAACUUCAAAAAGAAGCUAUCGCCAUGUAUAUAAAGAAUAGUCGUUGGUCAGAUGCGUACAGACUGUCUGAAGAAUUUUUGGGAAAAGAUGAAACGCUAGCAUUAUAUGAAAAGAAAGCAGAAGAGCUGGAAGAGCAAGGAAGAUUCACAGAAGCUGAACAACUAUAUAUUUCAAUAGGAAUGUCGAACAAAGCAAUCCAAAUGUACAAAGCGGCUGGAAGAGAUGAGGAUGUUUUAAGAUUAGUAGAGCGUUAUCAUGGAGAUCAUCUUCAGGAAACUCGUAAGAGAUUGGCAAUUGAAUACGAAGAGCGUGGCGAUUUUCGCGCUGCCGAAGAAGAGUUUUUGAAAGCGAAUGACUGGAAAUCAGCAGUUAACAUGUAUAAAGAAAACGAAAUGUGGUCGGAUGCUCAUCGCAUUGCAAAAUCCGAAGGAGGCUCAAAUGCGGAGAAACAGGUGCUUUUCCUCUGGGCUCGCAGUUUGGGCGGCGAAGCUGCAGUGAAACUUCUGAAUAAGAAUGGGUUGCUAUCCGAUGCCAUCGAUUUUGCUUGUGAAGCAGGAGCGUUCGAUUUUGCCUUUGAGCUUGCUCGUAUUGGAGCAAAAGAAAGAACUCCAGAAGUACAUGUACGUUUCGCUUCUCAAUUAGAGGAAGAAGGGCGACUUAAUGAAGCUGCCAAGCAUUAUGUCGAAGGUGGCAAAGCAGAGGAAGCUGUAUUGAUGUUCAUCAAUGACAAAGAUUGGGCUGCUGCUGAAAAAGUUGCACAAGAACAUGCUCCGAAAAUGCUGCCGGACGUUUAUACCGGAGAAGCACGAAAAGCUCUCGAAGACGGCGAUCAUGCGAGAGCAGAAAGCUUUUUGUUGCGAGCAAACAAGCCCGACAUAAUUCUGCGCUAUUUCAAGGAAUCGGAGAUGUGGCCGGAUGCUCUGCGUAUUGCAAAAGAAUAUUUGCCACAUCAAUUGCCACUGAUUCAGGAGGAGUAUGAAAAAGCUGAACUCCGAAGCGGUGCGAGAGGUGUUGAUUCCUUCCUGAUGCACGCUAAGGAAUGGGAACAACAAAGUGAUUGGCUGCGAACUGUACAAACAUUGCUGAAAAUCAAUUCAUCAUCAACUGACAAUCACGAUCUCAUCUUGCAGUCGGUUACUAAAGCCACUGACAUCACUAUUAAGUUUUUGAUGAACGAUGAUCAGAUAAUAAGUGACGUUUUGAACGCGCUGGAAGACGCAGGGCAUCAUGAAAAAGCUGCAGAGUUGUUGCUUAAUUUGGGACAAACCAGACAAGCUAUAAACGCAUUGUGUAGUGCGAAACAAUGGGCAAAAGCUAAACAAGUUGCAACGGAAUACCUUCCAGUAAUGAUACCGGAAAUUGAACAAUACUACAAAGAAAGCUUAAAAACUGAAGGAAGAUUGGGAGAGCUGAUUGACGUAGAUGUCAUUACAGCGAUUGAUUUAAUGAUUGAAAGAGAUCAAUGGGACAAAGCCUUAGAAACAGCCAAACAACAGAAUUAUCGACCAUUACUUGAUAAAUAUGUGGCGCAAUAUACGGCAAUCCUUGUUCAUCGAAAUGAAGUGAAUCGUGUGACCGCUGUGUUGGAAAAGUAUGGAGCUUCGGGAAAUCCAGCAAACUUUUCUAUCUAUAAACUGAUACUUGAACAGGUAUUGGAUGAGCAAAAACUUGAUUACUCGGAUGUCGCCCGUGUCCGAAACAUUCAUCUUGAAGUAUAUCAGGAUCUGAAAAGUCAAAAUUCCGAGCAUGCAGAGCUUUUCUUGCGAUAUGUGUGGUCACUACAUUUGAUAUCCUUACGUACAGCAUUAGAGGAGCUCAGUGAUAUUCCAGAAGUUCCACGAAUCCGUCUUAAGCAAUCAUUAUCAUUACUUCGAUACACCGAUAUUCUUCCGGCUGAUAGAAUAUUUUAUGAAGCUGGAACUAGUGCAAAAGAAUAUGGAAGUCAAUAUGAAAAUCUUGGAUUUCUUCUUUUGAAUCAUUAUUUGGACUUAGUUGACGCUAUUGAAGAGGGAAAUGCUGAUUUAGUUGAUUAUGCUUAUUUGGAUGAUUCUGAUAUUCCCACCGAAGUUGCCAUUCCAUCAAAGCAAUGGCUUGAAAGCCAAACCCAUGAAGAUGUCAAAGAAUGGGUUCUCGCCGCUUCGGUAGAUGACGCUUCAGCAAAGAAAUUGGUAUACGACAAACGAGGCGUUUUUGAGGCUUCAUUAUCCAAUAAUCGCGGCGAAAUUGCGGAUCCCUGUUUGGUUACCGGUUAUCCCAUUAUUGGGGACCGUGUCAGAAUCGGAGAGAUGUUCGCUGAUCGUGAAGAAUUGAACAAGUUUUUGGUAAUAAUAAAAUCCCAUCCAACCGAUAAUUUAAUGGAUUCACAAAACUUUGUUACAACAUGGGCUGGAGCACCUCUAUCAAUUACGUUAUAA